GUUCGUGAUGUGGUUCUGGAGCACAACCUGGUGACCCUGAGGAAGGAUUACAGGGGUUACAACGAGCCAGAUGACUACUCUGCACAGUGGAACUUGGUCAUGGAGAAGCUAAAGUGCUGUGGGGUGAAUAACUACACCGAUUUUUCUGGCUCUUCCUUUGAAAUCACAACUGGCCACACCUACCCCAGCUGCUGUAAGUCCUUAGGGGCUGUGCACUGUGAUGGGCGCAAUGUGUCCCCAGACGUCAUCCACCACAAGGGCUGUUUCUCCAAACUCCUGAAAAUAACCAAGACUCAGAGCUAUGCCUUGACCGGGGUCUCUGUGGGGGCAGCCGUGAUCCAGUUGCCAGGAAUUCUUGCCACCUUGCUGCUGUUCAUCAAGUUAGGUUGA